AUGGUUCUUAAUUCAAGAGCUCUGGUUUUGCUCCACAUUCUUGUCUGGUCAUUGCCAGAUACACUUACCCUGAGUUCUGGUACCCUGAGCGAUAUCACUUGCUUGAAAUCUAUUAGAGAUUCCUUGGAAGAUCCUCUCAAUCACAUAGCCACUUCUUGGACCUUCAACAACCUCACAGAAGGUUCUAUCUGUGGAUAUGUUGGGGUCAGUUGUGGGUACAUAUCUGAGAAUAGGGUUCGAGGUGUACAACUGGCCAACAUGGGGCUCAAGGGCAAGUUCCCUAGGGGCCUUGUGGACUGCAGGGAACUUAUAAUCUUAGACCUUUCAGGCAAUGAAAUUUCAGGAUCAAUCCCACGUGAUAUCAGUGAAAUACUGCCGGCUGUAGAAGUGCUCAAACUCUCAAACAAUAACUUGUCUGGAGAAAUCCCAUCGAGUAUGGGUAAUUGCUCUAAUCUGGAGGUUCUUAUACUCGACAACAACAGGCUAACGGGUCAAAUACCUCAGCAACUCAACCAGCUCAUCCGUCUAGAAGUCUUUAGUGUUGCUAAUAAUUUGUUGUCAGGGCCAGUGCCAGACUUUGUCAACGUCACUACAAUCAAGUCUGAGAGCUAUGUAAAUAAUAGUGAACUAUGUGGAGGGCCUUUGGAUUGCUGUAAAAAGCAUAGAUGGAGCUUUGAAAUUGAAAUUUCUUUCAGGAGUGGUUUUGUAGUUGGUUUUGUGGUUUUUGCCUUUUCAUAUACAGCUUUUUUUACCUACUAUUUUAAUCUUGGCGUGGGAUCAAACAAGAGGAAUAAAAUGCCAACAAGUACUACAGAAUUGACAGCGACCAGGAAGAACAUCGGUAAAAAAGUUGAUCAAGUUACUCAAUUGCCAACCAAGGGCAUUGGGAAAGAAGAAUUCAUGAAGAUUUCUCAGUUGGGCAGAAAAGUUACUAGAGUGAGCUUUGUGGAACUUAAAGAAGCAACAGGCAAUUUCAGCAGACACAAUUACAUUGGGUUGGGAAAGAUUGGGAUAAUGUACAAGGCAAUGCUUCCAAAUGGUUGUCCCCUUGCAGUUAAGAGGAUAUAUGGCUCUGAGUCUUUUGAGAAACAAUUCAAAUCCGAGCUAUCGGCUUUGGCUAGAUUGAGACACGAUAACAUAAUUUCCCUCUUGGGUUACAGUGGAGAAAGGAAUGAAAUGCUUCUAGUAUACCAAUAUAUAUCAAAUGGUAACCUGUAUGACUGGCUACAUACUGGGAAAGACAAGGAUAAGAUCUUGGAUUGGCCUUCAAGGAUUAAAAUUGCCAUUGGGAUAGCAAGAGGCCUAGCAUGCCUUCACCAUAACUGUCAUUUGUCAGUAGUCCAUCUCAGCUUGAGUUCAAAUGCUAUAUUACUUGAUCAGAAUUUUGAGGCCAAGAUAUCAAAUUUUGGAGAGGCAAUAAUAUUGAAACCUGGAGGGCUAAUGUUUGUGAACUCAAGUGACAAUGACUUGAGCAAUAGAGUUUUUGAUGGCAGUGGCGUUAGGGAGUUGGAUUAUUACAAAAAGGAUGUCUAUGAUUUUGGCAUUCUGCUUCUUGAGCUAAUUACAGGAAAGGCACCCAUUCAAAUAAAUAAUUAUUCAAACCGUUUGGAUGGGAGUUACGUUGAUUGGAUUACUUGUCUUUUGACUUGCCCUUCUUUAAUGUGCAAUUUCAUUGAUAAAUCUCUUAUUGGGUCAGGUUUUGAUAAUGAAAUCUUUCAGUUGCUCAGAAUUGCCAGUGCCUGCAUUAAGCCCUUAUCUUGUCAAAGGCCCACAACCCUUGAAUUGUACCAUGCGAUAAGCAUCCUUGGAGAGAAUUAUGGCCUCAUAAAUAAUGAUACUGAGAUAUUGAGACAAUCUGAAAUUUCUACUACCAGUACUUCAAAUAAAAUUGUUGAGGUUGAAAGUACAUAG